AUAACUGACUCGGCUGGGCACAUCCUGUAUGCCAAGGAGGAUGCCACUAAGGGCAAGUUUGCUUUCACCACUGAAGACUAUGAUAUGUUUGAGGCCUGCUUUGAGAGCAAGCUUCCUGUGGGAACAGGGAGGAUGCCGGAUCAGCUCGUGAUUCUGGAUAUGAAGCAUGGCGUUGAAGCAAAGAACUACGAGGAGCUUGCAAAAGUGGAAAAGUUGAAGCCUCUGGAAGUAGAAUUGAGGCGCCUGGAAGAUCUUUCAGAAUCCAUUGUUAACGACUUUGCCUAUAUGAAGAAACGAGAAGAGGAGAUGAGGGACACGAAUGAGUCAACGAACAUCCGAGUUCUCUACUUCAGCGUUUUCUCCAUGUGCUGUCUCAUUGGACUGGCCACCUGGCAGGUUUUCUACCUGCGUCGCUUCUUCAAGGCCAAAAAACUGAUUGAGUAAAGGAGCAAGUCCUCCUCCCCCUCCUCUCAGACCCAUCUGGACACUGCUGGGACGCAGCCGUGGUCUCCUGGAGCCAUCUCACAGAUGAUACCCACUGACUGGAGCUUUUCUGCAGGAACUUGGACCCUAAAGGGGGAGGGGAGCCUAAACAUUGGAGGCAACGGGGGACUUGUGAAAUCCUGUUGGAUGUAGAGGGUGGGGGAGGUUGCAAUGGGUUUGGGGAUUCCCGGGGCAGUGAUUAAAUAAUAAUAAAAAAAAAAAUGAUGUUUCCAUGACAGCCACAGCAAUUUUUUAAGCGCUGUCUGUUCUCCUGUUAUAAUCUUGGCUUGAUGAUGUCUCCCAUCUGUCUGUGACUGUAGCAUUACUCUGAGCCACUCGACCCUGCUGAGCUCUCUGGGUGCCGUGCAGGUGGCAGUGGGGCAGAGCAGGGGAACCUCUGCUCUCACCAGCUGGCAUCGAAGCCUUGUGCAAACGGAGGUGAGUGCAAAGUAACAGGAUUCAUCAUCCCAGCAGGGCCUGAGGAUAGGAGGAGGUCCAAGGUUUGGUCCUAGUCGUGGACCU